AACAACAAAUUACGCGAAGAUGGUGCAAAGUUACGCUCACGUUUUAUUACUUUAAUUCGAUUAGUUAAGAACCAAACUAUACAGUAAGCAGUAUUAUAAGUGUUAAAGUGUGUAAAGGAGCUUCCGCUCUGUUCGCCAACGCCAUAUUGUAGCGAUUGUUGCCGCUUUCAAGAUGAUGUUCCGGCUGCGGGUUAAGAUUUUCUACGUGUACAUCAUUAUUUCGUUCGUGUUUAGCGUGUACCUGUUUUAUUUAAUAUCGAAAUAUUCGUUCGAGAAGUUUGUAAACUAUCACCGGCAUGUGAGGAGCAACAAAUUUCCCGACCGACCACGGAUACCGCAGAUCGUGGGCCACUAUGUGGGCGUCGGGACGGUGGGGAACCUGUCGAAAGAUUUCAUGAACACGAACAACUUCGACCCGAUACCGGGCGUCGGCGAGCACGGCGAUCCGGUGGUGAUACAGGCGAAGGAUCUGCUCAAGAUGCAACAGUUGUUUCAGAUCAAUCGGUACAACCUGCUGGCCAGCGACCGGAUCGCACUGAACCGUAGUCUGCCGGAUGUGCGCAAGCCGAAGUGUGUGUCGAAGCUGUACCCUGCCAAACUGCCCACCACUUCCAUCAUAAUUGUGUUCCACAAUGAGGCCUGGUCGGUGCUGCUGCGUACCGUGUGGAGCGUAAUCAACCGCUCGCCGAAGGGCUUGGUGCGGGAGAUACUGCUCGUGGACGAUGCCAGCGAUCGACGGUUUCUGAAGCACGAGCUUGACAACUACGUUCAGAAGCUUCCCCUUUCCGUGACCAUUUUGAGGUUAAACAAACGGGAAGGGCUCGUUGCGGCCCGGCUGCUUGGCGCCCGGAUGGCAACGGGCGAUACGCUUACCUUUCUCGAUGCGCACUGCGAGUGUUCGCCCGGGUGGCUGGAGCCGCUGCUGGCCCGGGUGCAGGAGAACCCGAAGAAGGUGGUCUGCCCGGUGAUUGAUAUCAUUUCGGAUGAUAAUUUCUCGUACAUUAAGAGCUUCGAGUUUCACUGGGGUGCAUUUAACUGGCCGCUGCACUUUCGGUGGUACACGCUGAGCGAUGAGGAGCUGGCGGAGAGAAGGAAGGACACGACCACCCCGUUCCGGACGCCGGCGAUGGCGGGUGGUUUGUUUACGAUCGAUCGGAAGUAUUUCUUUGACAUUGGGGCGUACGAUGAGCGGUUGAAGAUUUGGGGUGGCGAUAAUUUGGAGAUGUCGUUUCGGGUGUGGCAGUGCGGUGGGGAGGUUGAGAUUGCGCCCUGCUCGCAUGUUGGCCAUCUGUUUCGGAAGAGCUCACCGUACACGUUCCCUGGAGGAGUGAGUGGGAUUCUGAACGAAAAUUUAGCCCGAGUUGCACUUGUGUGGAUGGAUGAUUGGGCCAAGUUCUUCUUCAAGUUUAACAAGGGCACUGAAGAGUUCAAAAGCUUGAAUGUCUCCAACCGACUCGCCCUGAAACGCAGCCUCAACUGCAAAUCGUUCGACUGGUACCUUCGCCAGGUGUGGCCCCAAAACUUCUUCCCCGCGCCGAACAAAUUCUUCGGCCGCAUCCAACCGAUCGACCUAACGUCCACGUUCGACUACCAGGAGUACCUCACGCUGAUGAAGAAGAUCAAUCUGAUCAUCAAAAACCUCAACCCGGAACUGAAGUGGAAGUUCCUGAUCAAAUACCUCACGGAGAAUGUGAAGCGCAUCGGCGACUCGAUGAAGGCGGCCAAACACAGCCCGUACUGUUUGCACAAGCCGAAAACGAACACGGCCAUCAACCAACCGUACGGGCAGGCGUACCUGCAAAAGUGUUCGCUGCUGAUCAACGUGCUCGACGAGCAGUUUGUGAUUGACGACUAUGGGCGCGUCAUGACGGACGAGGGCAUCUGUCUCGACUCGUUCCGCAAGACCAGCAUCGACGGGGAGGAAAUUGUGGAGGGUGUGCGGAAGAUUAAGAUGGUUACCUGCGGCAGCCAGAAGCCGAACCAGCGCUGGGUGUACGAGACGGACACGUACCAUCUGAAGAACAUUGGCGAUGGGACGGAAUGUCUCGAGCGGAGCGCUACCCUCACCCGGGAAGAUGGCGAGGACAAGUAUGAGCUGUUUCUGGGGCCGUGCGAUGUGCGGAACGAGCUGCAAAAGUGGAUGCUCUUCCCGGUGGCAUGGAAGUAAAAGGAUCAAGCCGCGCCUAAGGCAUACUAGUCCGAGUUAGGUUACCUCGCUCAGGAUACACAAACACAGGCACACAAACUCUUUCCUAUCUCUCUCUCUCUCUAUAACGUCCAUAUGUGUAGCUAAACGAAAAAAAGGAUUUCAAACCACUUCUCACUGUAAGUUUCCCUUAAAACCCACUAUCCUUUCUUCACUAGUUAACAAGAGCAAUUUAAACCAGUUAUAUGUGUAAGGUAUAGAAGGCGUAGCAGAACGCUCCCAGUUCGGUGCCGAAAUGAGAGAAAUCGCCUAUCUCUCUGAAUCUCUCUCUCUCUGUCUUCAUGUUUGAGUGUGGGCAAUCUUUGAAUACCAGUUUUCCAGCUAGUUUUGUAAGAGACGACGGGCGUAAGAUAUUUCAUACAGUAAGAUAAACGUGUGUAGCUUAACGUACCUUUAAUGUGACGGGAAAGUAUUAGGUGUGCAUCUAUCGCGGGGUGUGUGUGGUGUGGUAUUUGUUUUUCGAAUUGCUUUUUAGCAGUACUUACUUUAGAACCAUGUGCUCCUCCUGCGUACUUGAAAAGACUCGAUUUAGCUGUAUUAAGAAUGUUUAUUUUUGUUCACCUUUUUGAAACCCUUUUUGUUCACAAUCUUCUUAGAAUGGUAUAUAAUUUGAAACUGUGAUAUUGUGAGUAGAGCCUAGUAGUGUGGGUCAAAGAAGGGGACAUGGGACAGACACACACACACGCACACACAAACUUAUGUCACACCAAUGACAAAACUCAACGCUCAAAAUACAUAAUUUCUAAAUACAAACCUUUA